GGCGCGCCGAGGCGCGGGGAGCAGGCACACGCCAGGCGGAGACGGAGUUUGGGAUGGCACCGCCUCAACCGGCUCGGGUCCUGCGGUGCUACAGCUGCCGUCUAUUCCAGGCGCACCAGGUGAAAAAGAGUCUCAAAUGGACAUGCAAAGCCUGUGGAGAGAAGCAGUCCUUUUUGCGGGCUUAUGGUGAGGGCUCUGGUGCUGACUGUAGACACCAUGUCCAAAAGUUAAAUCUGCUGCAAGGACAGGUUUCAGAGAUGUCACUAAGGUCUCUGGAAGAACCUGCAAGUGCCAGUGAAGGAGAAAACACAGGUCCUGCACAGGCUGAGAAUGGGAGUCUGCAGGAAAAAUCACAGCCCUCGGGGAACCGCUGGCUGAAGUAUCUGGAAAAGGACUCCCAAGAGCUAGAGCUGGAAGAAGGAGUGUGUUUCAGCAGACAGCCCUCAUCCCAAACGGAGGAGCCGGACCCUCCCUUCAGUCAAGGCCUUCCUAGGAAAAGGAAAUGGAGCCAUGGCACAGUCCACCCACCACAUGGCCUUGUUGUCCAGGACUCAGGCGACUCUGAGGACACCCUGCAACCCCAGAAGGGCUAUGCUGGCCUGACCAUGAAGGUGAAACAAGGCAGCAGCCACUGCCCCCAGGAGAACUCUGCAGACUACAACACCAGGGAGCUUAGUGUUCCUUGGAGGAAACUACCAAGUCCUGCCUGGCAGGUUAAGGCCACAUAUUCUAAAUGGGCACAAUUUCUCUCAUCACCUGGAAACAGCUCACAUGUGGACACAGAGUUACCUAGACCACUGCAGAGGAGCCCCACACCAGCCAGUCCAGCACAGGCUCAGCAAGGGACCCCCAGGGCCCAGACCCCAAAGGUAGGCCACCCCAGCAGGCCCACUGCCACCGUUCAGCUUCCUCAGGCCACACACACACUCACACUCAGGUCCAAGAGGUCCUGCAGGAAGACCCCCAAGCAGUCAUGGGGCACAGGGCCUCCUUGUGCAGAGGGUGGGUCCUUGGUCCAAGUGGCACAGAAGCCCCCACCCAUGCAACUAUGUCACCUCUUUACAACUGGGGAGGACUUUGAUGAUGAUCUGUGAAUUGAGACUAGUGUCAGAUAGACUUGUCCCAUAAGCACCGCCCACCAGUCUUCUGCUGCCAGAAACAGGGUUCCUCUAAGAGGCUUUUAAAUGAGUGUGAUUUGUGAGAACAAGCAAGAGCCAACAGUAAACAUUACUGUUAAACAGAUCCUUUCUCUCCUUGCAACCCACAAUAAGGACAUUGUUGAUUAAAGUGCUUAUACCAUUUAAUUAUAGGUCGUUUACAAAUAUGAUAAUUGGAUGGCUACAAAGGGUUUUAAUUUUAAAAGCAGUUGACACAUUUGGAAGUGAGAGAACGCUGGUGAUUAUGAAACAAAGAGGCAGUAUCCAGUGAAAACCAACAUCAGGCAUUUCCCAUUACAAGCCCUCUCCAUCGCCUGGAGCGUUCCCACAGUGCAGGCUGUCCCAGCCUCCUCUGCUGGCUCCCUGACAAAAGGCUGGCCGAACUCUAUUGAAAAAUCAGAAUAUCAGUUGUCUAGCAGAAAAUAAACAAUUUCAGCGUACUAUUAGCCAUUUUUUUAAAAAAGAAAAAGCAGAUGGCCAUUAGGCAAGAUAUAAUCUGGACUGCUGGUGUAACGGUGGGGUGAGAGCACAAGUGUGCUGCAGCCUCCUCCCCAGCAGGGGCAGCAGGGCUCGCUCUGGACCAGGAAGAGGGUUUUGUUUCUCAGAUAUCAGCACACUUGGAACCCGCCCCCACCCCAUCACCUGUUCUACUGCCCUAAAUGGCUUCAUGCAUCCCCGCCCCCCAGAUUCUGGAAGAAGAAAGCAGAGAAACAGGCUCUUACAAAGGUCUUGCUGUUCUACACUAGUUCAACACAACUAUGAGAUGAAAAAGGGACGUGGAAUAGAUGAGCAAAUAUGGUCACAAGGGUGGUGGGUGCUUUGAGUACUGGAUGGUGUCCAGAGCAGCCCCGAUGUCAUAGUUCUUGGUCUGCAGGAGCCUGGUGAGCCAGCCGCCUUCAUCAGAGAAACCCAUGGACAGCAUCUGGGAGAGGGACUCAAUCAGCCGGGGGUCAGCCUCUGCCAAAACAGUAACGGACACUAUGAGGCGAGCUGCUGAGCCCAUGUGACCCAGGACAGCAGCAGCCUGGCCUCAGCAAGUACCCAGGGCCUGCAGGGUCACCCCUUCCAUGGGACCUCCUGAACCCUCACAGGGACGCUCCAAGGGACAGUAGGCAAGUUAUUUCUAUAAAGGGCCACAGUAAACAUUUGAGGCUUGCUUUGCAGAGUACAGUUUCUCGGUCUCAAUUACUCAACUCUGCCCUUUAGCAUGAAAGCAGCCGGACGAUAUGUAACAAAUGAGCAUGGUUGUGUUCCAAUAAAACUUGA